AAACAUUUAGGAUCAACAACUCCUUUGUUACUUAUAACCUAUUUCAUUUCAUCAUGAACAUCUUCCAUAAUUCCUUUCAUCCAAAAUAUAAUAUAGAAUUUUGUCAAAAUAUUAUUUGAUUCCCUCCUCAACGGACCCAAAAAAAAAUCAUGACGAUUAAGCGGUGAGUUUCUUCAAUUGAAUAAUUUUAUUUUAUAACCCAACAAAUCUAUUUGUGUCUCUAUGUCACACUUUCUUUAAUCUCACAUUACCUCACAUAUGCAAUAAAUAACCCAUGACAAGGAAAAAACAAUAUUUUUCAAUUCAUAGUACUUUGUCAGAAACACAAUAAAAUUUUAUGUGUGGCUUAAUCUCUUCAUUAAAUGUUACAUUUUUUUUUUCUUUCAAAUUGAAGUUUUGAGCUCAAAAUAGAUAAUUAUGCACAAUUUUCAACUUAUGUGUGAGUGUGUGUGUAUUAAUUAAAAAUGUAAGCUUAAAACAAAACACUUAAACAACGUUUACUUCACGCCAAUAAUUUUGAUGGAAAAUCUAUUCUAUUCCAAAUAGAACACAACAAAAAGAGAGACUAUGAGAAGAAAACAAAACAAGAAGGGAAGCACAAAGAAAUGCUUUCAAAAUGAAAAGUACAAAAACUACAUUAAAAGAUGAUGAUGUUGAUUAUGAUUCUCUUUCCCCUUUCAACAAAACCCUUUUUCCACAUACACUCCAUCUUCUACUUCCCGUAGCUUUGUUACCCAUAGCCAUAGUUCUCCUUUGUUUAUACUUUUACCCUUUGCCUCUUACACAAUCUCAACCUCAACCUCAUCAGCUUCACCAUGUCACUCUUUCUCCUCAAGUAAAGGAAAAACACAAAGCUUAUAACAAUUCAUGUGACUACUUCAAUGGAGAAUGGAUCCAUGACAAAAGAGGCCCUUUGUACAAUGGAACAACAUGUGCCACUAUCAAAGAAGGUCAAAAUUGUAUCACUAAUGGAAGACCUAACUCAACCUACCUUUAUUGGAGAUGGAAACCAAAUCAAUGCAAUCUUCCAAGGUUUCAACCAAACACUUUCCUCCAACUAAGUCUAAACAAACACAUAGCUUUUGUUGGUGAUUCUUUAGCAAGGAACCAAUUUGAGUCCCUCCUUUGCAUGUUAUCCUCUGUUUCAAAACCAAAACCUGUUCAUCAUAAAGGUUCACAUUGGUGGCACUUUCCUUCUCACAAUGCAACAUUAUCAUUAUAUUGGUCACCAUUUUUUGUGCAAGGCCAAGAAAGAUCAAAAUCAGGACCAAAUUAUAAUACUAUGUAUUUGGACCGCGUUAACCAGAGGUGGUCGAAGGAUAUGGAUCGAAUGGACUUGAUAGUUUUAUCAUUUGGGAAUUGGUUUAAUGUUCCUUCAAUUUAUUAUGAGAAUGGUUUGGUUUUAGGAUGCUUAAAUUGUUCUGAUCUUAAUUACACUGAUAUUGGUUUUUAUGUUCCUAUAAGAAAGGCUUUAAGGACAAGUCUUGAUGCUAUAAUUGAAAGGAGAAAAGGUAAAGGGAAUAAUGGGAUUGGUGUGAUUGUGAGAACUUUUUCACCUUCUCAUUUUGAUGGUGAUUGGGAUAAGGCUGGAACAUGUUCUAAGACUGAACCUUAUGGAAAUGGUGAGAAGAAACUUGAAGGAAUGGAUGGUGAGAUUAGAAAGAUUGAAAUAGAGGAAGUGGAAAGUGCUAAGGUGAAAGCUAACAAAUUUGGAGGGAUUAGGUUUGAGUUGUUGGAUGUGACUGAAUUGUCAUUGUUGAGACCAGAUGGUCAUCCAGGUCCUUAUAUGAAUCAUUUUCUAGUUGCUAAUGGAGUUUCAAAUCAUGUGCAAAAUGAUUGUGUACAUUGGUGUUUGCCCGGACCUAUAGAUACUUGGAAUGAGAUUUUUCUAGAGAUGAUGAAGAAGUGGGAGUGGGAGGGACAACCAAGGAAUGAAGAUUGAAAUAUUUAUCCUGUUUGGAUAAACAACGUAUUUGCCGUGCGACAUAUUUCUCUGAGAUUCAAUUGAGAGAUUGACCUCUUUCGACAUAUGAUUUUCUAUAAGUAUCAGUUAAUGAUCGAACCUCUAACCAAAUAGUUAAUGAUCCAAGUAUCUACCAUUUGUGUUACACCAUGUCUGUGUCAUUCCUCUUAUAUCUUGUUAAUUUAUUAAUCUUAUCUUUCCAUAUAUUAGGUUAUGUUUGUUCUGUUUUUUCUAUGAUAUUCUUCCAUAAAGAUAUAUAUGUUAGUGGAAGAGGUUUUUUGUUUAUCGUUGUGAGAGAAGGAAAUUGUUUUGGGGUUUUAAAGUAAGUUGGACCAAUAUGCAGAAAUUAAACUUUGAUGUACAUAAUUUUUGUAAGUUACAAUAGGAAGAAAUCAUGUUGGACCAACCAUUUCUCCUAUAGCAUGUCAAUGUACUUUAAUUUUGCUUUGUUUCAUCAGUUACGAUCAAUAAUUUAUCGACUAUGUUACGUUUUA